CGCUCGCUCCCGUCUCUUCGCGCGCCACGAGCGCAUGCGCUGUAAGCCCGUGUGGGAAUGGCUGAUCUGGGAUCGGGGGGUUGGGCCGCUGAACACGAGCGGACCGUUAAAGAGUGUUUUUAAUGUCCGCCAUGAUGGCCAUGGCGCACUGAGCCUGGAAUCAGGGACCGGAGCGCGCUGGAAGCACACACCGAGAGAGAGCGACCCACAGCCGGCCUCGCGCCUCCGCUCGCCCCGCCAGCUCCACCGAGCGACCCGUGCGCUUCUGGACACCGAACCGGCAUCAUCCAUGAGAACUUUAAUCGGACCAGUAGGGAACAUUAGGGGAUCGGAUAGAUUUAUGCUGCAUCUCGAAUUAUAAAGAAAAAUGAGUAAACUGUCGUUUCGGGCGCGAGCGCUGGACGCUUCCAAGCCUCUACCCGUCUUCCGCUGCGAGGACCUGCCCGACCUGCACGAAUAUGCGUCUAUUAACCGCGCAGUGCCACAGAUGCCCACGGGGAUGGAGAAAGAGGAGGAAUCGGAACACCAUCUCCAGCGGGCCAUCUCUGCUCAGCAGGUGUACGGGGAGAAGAGGGACAACAUGGUGAUUCCUGUCCCAGAGGCUGAGAGCAACAUCGCCUACUACGAGUCCCUCUACCCAGGGGACUUCAAGAUGCCCAAACAGCUCAUUCACAUACAGCCGUUCAGUCUGGACACCGAACAGCCGGAUUAUGACCUGGACUCUGAGGAUGAGACGUUUGUAAAUAAACUGAAGAAGAAGAUGGACCUGGGAGCCCUGCAGUUUGAAGAGAUGAUCGACCGGCUGGAGAAAGGCAGCGGACAGCAGCCGGUGUCUCUGCAGGAGGCCAAACUCUUGUUAAAGGAGGAUGAUGAGCUGAUAAAGGAGGUAUACGAGUACUGGAGCAAGAAGAGGAAAGCAUGUCAGAGCGGCUCUCUCAUUCCUGUCGUCAAACAGGAGAAGCGUGAUGGCUCCAGCACCAGUGACCCAUAUGUGGCCUUCAGGCGCAGGACAGAGAAGAUGCAGACACGAAAGAAUCGUAAGAAUGACGAAGCUUCUUAUGAGAAGAUGCUGAAGCUGCGUAGGGACCUGAGCCGAGCCGUCACAAUCCUGGAGAUGAUCAAGAGACGAGAGAAGAGCAAACGAGAGCUGCUGCACCUCACACUGGAGAUUGUAGAGAAGAGGAACAACAUGGCUGAUUUUGGAGGCGAGGUGAUGGCGGAGGUUCUGGCUCAGAGAGCUCUGGAGAAACCAGUCAUCCCUCUGAUCCCAAUCACCAACAGCAACCAGUACAGACACACAGAGCAUGACCGGGACUACAAGAUCAAGAUGGAUAAACCAGAGGUUGUGCGGCAGAAACGGAAGUAUGAGAAGAAGGCCAAACCAUUGCCAUUGGCAGGCUCUGCCCAUUCAGGCCCAGCAGUCUUUAACACUAAAGAUCUCAAUCAGUAUGACUUUCCCAGUUCAGACGAUGAGCCCUACUCACAGAUGUUCUCUGGCUCUUCAGAGGUUGAGGAGGAGAACGAUCCAGAUGGUGUGUUUGGGUUCAGGAGGAGAACAGGCUGUCAAUAUCAUGCUGCACGUUCAGGACCUGUGGGUGGUUGGCCCUGGUCAGACCCUGCCGAGGGUGAGGUGGCAGAUGUGCGAUAUCGCUAUUCUCUCACCACGCUCACGGUGCCGCGACGAUGCCUGGGUCUGGCACGUCGGCGAGUGGGAAGAGGGGGCAGGGUCUUGUUGGACCGAGCCCACUCUGAAUGGGAUACUGUGUAUCAUGGGCUGGACCCGGACUCCCCCACAUUCCCAUCGUUGUCUCCCACCCAGCAGCCCAGCACGGAUACCUCACACACCAGCACAGAUACCUCUGCCCCCUCCUCCACCUCACCAGACCUCACACAAAUCUUGCUCAAUAUCAAAGCCUGUCGCUGGAGGCAUUUCAAGCCUCGGAUGGCACCGCCAGAUGACCCCGACAAUCCUGAGCACUGGUCCGCACGGAGACCCCGUCGUGGCUUCCUCAUCCGCCCUAUCAGCACGCUUCAGACACAGAGAGGCCCUGCCUCCUCCGCCAAACCACGUGUCGCUCCACCCACACCCGCUUUCACAGCGGAGCAGUACCAGCAACACCAGGAGCAGCUGUCACUGAUGCAGAAGCAGCAGCUUGAACAGGUUCAGCUACAGCAGCAGGCCGGCAGCACAGCCAUCACUAACAACCCCCAGAGUUUGGUGUCAAAGACGAUAGACGCUGCCAGUGCUCAGUUUGCUGCCUCUGCACUAGUGACUCCUGACCAGCUGAUGGCGCUCAAGAGUAAAGAGGAGGGAGUUGGUGUCAAUGGAGUCGUCUCGGCCUCAGGCGUCUAUAAGGGCUUACAUCACACAAGCUCUUCAAUGUCGUCCCUCCUUCCGUCUGCGGGCCCUACCUCCACCUCAUCCCCCUCUCCCGCCUCCACCACCACUAACAACGGAACCUCCUCAGCCAAUCACCACGUUGGCACGGCUGGCCCCGCCCCUGGUCAAGCGCUGAUGGGCGGGGCCGUGAGAGUGAGCGUCCCCUCACCAGCAGGCACCUUGAGCGUGCGGCAGCUGCAGCGUCAGCUCACUGUUCCCGCCUCUGCCCUAAAACUUGCUGCCAAUGCCAACAGACCCAUCCCAAAGGUCACCGCAGGGUCGACUACCCUCGACAUGGGGCCCAGGGAAAAUCAUGAUCAAGAGAAACCUCCGUUAAACAGUCUAACAGACAAAACAGUUGCUAUGGAGGUGACGUAGCCCCGCCCCUCAAGCGUUCACACACACCUCCUCUCAAUCGAGGCGUCUUCUUUAGGUGCUAUGCAUCAUAGCGACGCUGUGUCCGUGGCAGCCGUUGGGACUUAAUUGCAAUGCUCAUCUUUGUUUUUAUCUUUUUCCAAAAUUUUGUUACUGUUAAGAUAUCAACAUCUGUAAAUUAUGAAAUAUGGAAAAUAUUCUAUGUACAUACACAUUUGUAAUACACCCCCUUGUAUAUAACAUUACUUGAAUACAGAAAUUGUUCAUUUGUGAUGUUUUGCACUUGGGAAAAAAAAUCAGAAAAAAACCUGCGAUUUUCGUAGUGUUUGUGCGUGUGUGUGUGUCGGAGAUUGUGAAUGUUUGUGUGACUGUAUCUGAAUGUAUGUGUCACGUGCAUGGUGCAAAACCUGCUGUUUUAUCUAUUUAUUGUGAGGUGUUUACAAAUUUUUUUUUUUCUUUUAAAUUCAGAUUUAUUUUUAUUUUAUUUUUUUUAAUACACUGUAACCUCUUGGGUUUCUGUGCAGCAUGUGUGUGUGCAUGUAGUAGUGUAUGUGUAGCAGUUGUAUGUGAACAUCUCAUGGAAAAAAAAAAGCAGCAGCUCUCUCACACUCUCUCUAUCACACUCUCUCUCUCUCUCUCUCUCUCUCUCUCUCAUAUGUGGCUGCUCCCACUCCACUCAAGCACUAUUUUUAAUUUUUUUUUUUUUUUUUUUUUUUAAACAAUGCUGCUUUUUGUGUGAUUCUUUGUAUGAGUCGGGGUUUUUUUUUUCUGGAAUCUGAGAGGCCCUUUUUUAUUUGGGGUUUGUGAAACUUAAAUGGGUUUAUUUUUAUUACCUCUGUUUUGAUGACUGAUUGUAUGUCCCCUGUGUUAAGGAGCGAGUCUGUUAUUUGUGCGUAACAGUAGUUCAUAAGGGAGAGGACUACAGUGACAUCUCAGUAUGUUUCUUUAUCAUCAUCAUUCCACUUUAUAUGAAAACAAGGAAAACGAACAAAAAAGGGACAUUUUGUUUCCUGUAAGACUUCAUGGUGGCGCCCGUCCUGUGGGGCCAGCAUGAGCUCUCUUCUGUGAAGAGGACGGUACUUCACAAGGCUACUCGUAGUUGUUGUUUGUAUGUACCAAAAUCUGAAUGCCCGUUCCAAUGGCAUCAUCUAUCUUUGAGGUGUUUUUUUUUUAAUAAGUCCCACCUGGAAGAAUAAAUAAUAAUAAUAAAAAAAAAAACUUAUGACAAAUGACAAAACAAUGUUUAAUAAACCCAGGGCAUUAAGUGUUUGACCAGCA